CAUGUCUUUCAAUCGCAGUUCUGUGGGAAGGGCUUCAUGAGGCACCCCUAAUGUGUACACUCCGUCCUCGGGGCUGUGGGGUGGGCAAAUGUCUCGUUAAAGAACUCAAAAGUGAGGUAGAAGGGGAAGACUCUCUCUCCUCCGGCUUCCCGACAAGAACGCGCAAGGCGCCGAGCGGGAAAGUCAAGGGGCGACGAGCCAAGGAGGGCGAAUGACGGGCCGCGCUGUGAGGCCCCGCCCCGUGAGGAAGAGCGAGAGCGGAAGUGGCGGGGCUCCGGAGCUGCGCGCGAACUGCGCGCCCUCCCCGAGCCUCUGGGCGCGAGACGCAGCCGGCUUCAGCGAGUAAAGAUGUGCGUGCGUGCUGGAUGAGAGGUGCUUGGUUUGACCAAUCCGUGUGUGAUGCCUGAAGUCAAAGGUAGUACUCAAGACAGUUGACAGUAAAAGUGUAAAACUAUAAUAAAACAGUUUCAGACACUGCUAUAAAAUGGCUAAGAGAAUGGCAGAAAAGGAGCUCACUGAUAGAAAUUGGGAUCAAGAAGAAGACACUGAGGAGGCAGGAACUUUCUCAGUCGCCAGUGAAGACAUUUUGAAGAACAGAGCUAUUAAGAAGGCAAAACGGAGGAACGUGGGGUUUGAGUCUGAAGGUGGCGGAGCUUUCAAAGGAUUUAAAGGUUUCGUUUUACCUUCUGGAACUGGUGGAUUUUCUGGUUUUGGCAAUGGCACAGGAACUAAACCUUUAGGAGGGCUAUCCAAUGGCAGCAGCAGUAGCAGCAGCAUUACAAAGAAUUCUUCAUUCUCUGAUUUAAAGACAACUGGCGAAUCACAAACUGCAUUUAGUUCUGUAGUAUCCAGUGGCUCAGUCAGUAAUACUGCAGUUGAGAAAAUGUCUGCAAAUAUGGAAGUUAAUGGCGAAUGUCAGCAGCCACUGUCAUCCGGAUUCACUCAGAGUAAAGCAUGCAGCCCUGAUGUUUAUCAUAAACAGUUAGCUGCUCUAAAUUGUUCUGUGCGUGACUGGAUAGUAAAACAUGUAAAUGCCAAUCCGCUCUGUGACCUGACGCCGAUAUUCCGAGACUACGAGAAAUAUUUAGCUGAAAUAGAAAAACAUGGAACCAGUGGUGACAGCAGUUCUGGAAGCAACAGUAAGAAGGCAACUGGAACUCAGUCUGGCUCUACAUUUGGGAAUUCAUGUCUGCAGCAAGGCUCUGCAUUUUUAUUUAACAGCAAGAAAUCUGAAGAUACAGCAGGAAAGAAGACUGAUCGGGAAAAGAAAGCAGAACCAAACCUAGGGUCUUCGUCAACUGUCUCAUUUACAUUUAGCAAGAGUGUUGACAACUCUGGUCUGAAUUCUGGUACUGUGUCUAGUUUCUCUUUCUCUUCGGGAAGUACAGGGUUAUUUGGAAAAGAAGCAAAGCAGGGAAAGGCUCUUCCUUCAUUUUCCAGUAGCGCGUUAGGUACACCAACAGAAAGUGGUAGCAGCGAAAAUAAAGAAGGUGAUGAAGACGAAGAGGAGCCACCAAAAGUACUAGUUAAUGAAGUAAAGGAAGAGGAUGCCUUCUACUCAAAGAAAUGUAAAAUCUUUUACAAGAAAGAUAAUGAGUUUAAAGAAAAAGGAGUAGGAACACUACACUUAAAAACUGCAGGAAAUCAGAAGACUCAGCUCUUAGUACGGGCAGAUACUAAUUUAGGCAACAUACUGCUGAACAUUUUGGUGCCCCCCAAGAUGCCAUGCUCAAGAACGGGAAAGAACAACGUCCUCAUUGUCUGUGUCCCAAAUCCUCCUGUUGAUGAGAAGAAUGCCACCAUUCCGGUUCCUAUGCUGAUAAGAGUGAAAACAAGCGAGGAUGCAGAUGAGUUGCACAAAAUUUUACUGGAGAAAAAAGAGAUCUAAAAUUUGGCCUGUUGAAUGUUACGAGGGAAACUUGCCAAAUUGCUGCUUCUCAUUUUUCCCCCUCUCCUUGACUAUAUUUUAAACUUUUAAACUCACUUCUGGGACAUUCUGAGGACUGUUUUAGGAAUUCUGAAGGUUUUCGUGAGGGAAAGAAACUAAGACGGCCAAUAAAAGCUUUAAACCUG